AUGACAGACGAACACGAACCAAUACCCAAUGCUCCCGACUCUACUACUGGGACCUUUGAGCCCGAGGAUUCCCAGAGUGAUGCCGAGAGCGCUGCAAGCAACCUAAGCACCAACCCCUACUGUGCUGGUCUUAAAGAAGAACUCCUCACCGCUCUCUCGAACAUCCAGGCCUCAGGAUCAUUCGCAUCGUUCGCUGGAAUAUCUAAUACCCCGCCGGCCCUGUUUGUCGAUGGAGUCGGCGACGUCACGAUGCCGCUCAGCGAGUCCCAGGCGCGCCAGUUGAUCGCAAGGGCACAUCAGGCGGCAUACGGCAAGCGAAGCGAAACUCUCGUCGACACAGCCGUCCGAAACACCUGGGAAUUAGAUGCAGAACAGUUCGCGUUUCGAGAUCCAGCUUGGGGGGGUUUCAUCAAGUCUUUGUGCGCCCAUACCUCCCAGCGUUUAGGUAUCAACACACCCACCAGGGCCGAGAUCCAUAAGAUGCUUGUCUACGAAAAGGGUGCCAUGUUCAAGGCGCACACGGAUGGCUGGUCUGACUAUGACCACAGCACGGAGAAGAUUCCUGGCAUGUUCGGCACGCUUGUAGUCAGCCUGCCGUCGGCGCACCAAGGCGGGGACUUGGUACUGAAGCACUGCGGCGAGAAGAAGGUCUUCAAGACGUCCGAAUGGGCGCAAGCCUUCGCCUGUUGGUACUCGGACGUGUCGCAUGAGGUUCUCCCUGUCACGUCGGGCUACCGCUGGGUCCUGACUUACAAUCUCGCGCUCGAUCAGACUCUGCCGCGUCCAUCGGCGACGGGCCUGCAGCGGUCCCAGUUUCGGCCUCUCCGUCAAACUCUAAGGCGGUGGCUGGCCGAGGACCAAGAGUCACGCAAACAGAAGUACCUCUACCAUGUGCUCGACCACGACUACACGGAAGCCAACGCCUCGCUCAAUGCAUUGAAGGCCCAAGAUUUGGCUCGUGUCCAAGCUCUCAAGGAGGCAUGCAGAAAACUCCCUGCCGACAUCUUCCUCGCGCUGCUGGAGAAGCAGGAGAUGGGGAGCGUUGAGGACGAUUACUACGACAGGGGUUAUCGCCGGCGCGGCUACUGGGACGACUACGACGACGAAGAUGAGUCCGGCUUUCAUACACUUGAGGAAGUUUUCGAAUUGAGCUAUAAAGUCAAGACUCUUGUCGACUUGGAGGGCCGUAUCGUGACAAAGGAUCUGCACCUCGAUGAAGAUGACAUUCUCGAAGAAGACUGUUUCGAGGAUCUCGAGGCGGAAGAAGAGUACGAAGGGUAUAUGGGGAACUCGGGACCAACGGCGACUCACUGGUAUCGCGUGACGGCCGUCGCCAUUGUCCCUCGCGACUCCGCCACCUCUUACUUCGAUUGUAGUAAGCAGACAUAUUGCUCUUUGUCACAUAACUUCUACUCCCCGAUCGGCUAUUACGCCCGAGCCUGCUUGCUACCACAGGCCGGGGAGUCUUCGGCCACUGCGCUUCUGAAGCUCUGGGAGCAAGCGUGGGGCGAGCGGAACAAGAAGCGCUAUGGCUCGCUAGAUGGAGAAGCCAUGCGGGACGUUCUCAAGGUCGCAGUACAGCGUGGACUAUAUGACUUGUUCGAAAAGGCUGCUGUCCGUCAUCAGGGCCUCCUAUUACCGGACUUCUUCAGCUGGGUGAGGCAGUGGUUGGGUACUGGUGAUGGUGAUCCCAAUGAACGGUUCAAUGCUAUUAAAAAGGGGUAUGUUGCUCAGCUGAACCGACUCGGAACAUGUUGUCGCCUUCGGAAGCUUAACAAUGGCAGAUUGUGCUUUGCUAUUUCGGGGUACCCUUAUUUCGCCGACCAUUUCAGGGCGAUCGCGAAUUUGGUGCCCAUUCCCGAGGAUGCUACCGCUUCGGACAACACGCACACACCCCGGCGCGUCCUCGGUUGGGUUCGUUCAACGCUCCGCUCUUGCCUGGAUGGUUGUGUGGGCAGAGGCCUCGGCGGAGAUGAUGGAACAGCCUUGGUUGACUCUGCACUUUACUUCAGUGACCCCUCCGCUUUUCUCUCGCAGACCGCAACGUCUAUAGUCGAUAGAAAACGAGACGCCGCGGCGUUCUGUCUAAGAUUUCUGGCUCGACUGGAACAGCAAAGCACCAAAGGUACCCUGCCUGUGGAAAGCUCUAUGAACCUCUAUCGGACCAUAACGAGCUAUUUCAUCCGUAUGGCGGAUUUUGAGCAGGUAAAAAGUGAGGUUAGAGUACGGGCAGCGGCUAAACGGGCACGCCUCAGUGGCACCGGACAAGAUACAAAAGCUCAACUCCGAACAGCCAUCAGCCAUGAAACGCUAGCCGACUUCUUCUCUACCAUCCUCAGGACAAGUGCAGAAGGAGACGGUCUCUUGGCGCAGCUCGUCUCCAAGCUCGUUGCAGAAGCUCCGGGGCUCCUUGGUCUCGAACUCCACUACUUCUGGCUGCCCUUCUUGCGGUCUCUCAUCCCCAUCCUCACAUCCAACGCCAUACCCCUUGAUACGGAACGCUAUCAGAAGCUCUUUUCAACCUUCUUCAAAGCUUACCUUGACAACUUCGUGGGGCUUGAGCCUGGAAACAACCAAGACCUUGUGCGGAAUGGUGUGCGCUGUUCCUGCUUUGACUGCGGGGUGCUAAAUGGCUUUCUUACUGAUCCGGCGCGGAUGAUCGGCCACUUCCCGGUCAAUAAACAGCGGCGUAUGCACCUGCACCGGCAGCUCGACUCUUCAGGUGUCGACUGCACUCACGAGACGGAGCGGUCGGGCUCACCACAGACUCUGGUGGUGACCAAGACUUUCCGACAUCAAGUGAAGAGGCAUCAGGACUGGGCGUCGCGUCGAACGCUGGCCGCCACAAAGAUCGGAAUUUUCGAACACGAUCACCUUAGACUGCUACUCGGCCCGGACUACUUUGCCAUUGUCCACAUGGAACGAAUCUCGGCGGCGCAUCAGGCUCGGGCCCCGGCCGCAGCGUCGACGACAGGCCAGCCUCGUCAGCCGUUGGCAGAUACCAGCCAACAAGGCACAUCGCAGCCGCCGGUUGUUGGAGAGAAGCGGAAGUUGCCGCCUGCGGAGUAUGAGAUCAUUGAUCUGACCAGCGACUAG